CAAGCAGAGCCUACAAGUAGAGCACAGCCGUAGCGCCUUGGCACAGUUGUUGCUCCUGCAAGAAAUCAUGUUCGCUAGACGAUGUACGGUGCUUACAUCCUCUGCCGUACGAAGAGUUAAGCUGCGGCCGCUGGCGGUGCUAUCAGCACCUAAUUGCCGAGAACUGAGCUCGUCGAACUUGACGAAGAAGCAACAGAUCGAGGGGUUCACGAUCAAGGACCGGAGGCCUCCACGACCUCGUGUUGCAAAGCAAAAGCGGAAGCAGUACCUGGCAGAGCGACAAGCUGCUUUCGAGGCAGAGCAGGAAAAAGCGACAAGUCUUGGUCUGGAUUGGGGUAUCAGGAGUGCCCUGAUUCUGGAGCGCCUCCCCGUGAUCGUAGAGGACUACACUGAUUGGCAGCGUGACUUCUGGGAUCUUCAGACCAAGCAAGCUCACUACGGCGCGAAAUUCCCCGCCGAAAUGGGCUUCAAGUAUGAUGACGAGAAGUCUCUGUCUAUGGAGCAGGUCCUGGAGCAAAGCCCUGUCCCUCUCGCGCCUCGACGGACUCCUGCUGACGAGUCGAACGACCGCACGACCUUGGAUAGGGCACUUGACGAGCGACUAGUGUUGAUCGUCAAGCCUAGAAGUGGGGAUGAGUGGCGUCUUCCUGAGAGUGCAUGGGAGCCGGGAGAGACUAUUCGCCAAACAGCAGAGCGAACUGCACAACAACUGCUACUGAAAACUGCCACUCGGAAGGGUCAGCGGGACGAUGUGGCUCAGCUGCACUUCGUUGGAAACUGUCCGGCUGGCUGGUUCUGGCGCACAGCAAAUGAAGAACAAAGGGGGCAACAUGGGGAGUUUGGAGACAAGGUGUUCAUUAACCGGGUGCAGCUCAUUUGUGGGCAACCAACUGUGGUCAAGAGGCAAGCAGCCGAACACCUUUGGGUGACCAAGGACGAGAUCGGCGAAUACCUCGGAGAAUCCAUGGGCGUGUACUUGAAACAUUUGAUCUAGAACGUUGAGAGAGGCCAAAUUUUGAUUAGAUUUGCUUAGGACAAGGGAUACUGGUGUUUCUCAGGACAAAGUUGAAAGACAAACUACCGCUGAGGGGACGUACGUGUGCGGCGUCCCUGCAGGCUUUUCGUACAUUCGCAAAAUUGGCACUGACGACCUCUUGAUGCAUGUGAAGCCUGACUGCUUGUCAGACGGGUUCCAAGGGGAUCAGCACCAGAGAGUUCAAGAAAAUUCGAGAAAGAGUCCUGUGUUUUUGUGAUCACAUCGACCUCUCUAAUCUCGACCGUGCACAUUGAUUACUCUACCGAUUAGCCGUCGGGUCUUGCGGGAUCUAAGCAUGAAGAAAUUUCAUGAACGCUCUUUCAUGGACAGAGGAUUCCUGCUUUGCAGGAGACUACGACAGAGGUUGUGCCCUGAUUUAAGUUUUGUGGUGAACAAGGUGCAAACAGCGGAGAUUUUGUUCCUUUCGCAAAUGUAUGUCAUCUCUCAGAUCGAACAUGGUGUGACUAAAUUUCUGGUCACGCACGUGCAGU